AUGACAUUAGCAUCAACGGUUUUUGUGGCUCGUCAUGGGGAACGAAUAGAUCAUGUCGAUCGCAGUUGGCGUGAUACUGCUGAGAAUCCAUACGACGCCUUUCUCACAGAAACUGGUAUCCGUCAAGCAAGGGCUCUGGGGGAAAAGCUAGCUGGGACUGGGCUCACACAUAUAUUUGCAAGCCCUUUCUAUCGCACCGUGCAGACCGCUAAUGAAGUGGCAAAACUGACUGGACUCCCAAUAAAGGUUGAGGCUGGCAUCUGUGAGUUUCUGAAUCCGGAAUGGUUUGAGGCUAUGCCAAGACUGCAACCACUUGGACAACUGAAGAAGAGCUUCCCACUAGUGGAUAUUUCUUAUACUUCCCUUGUUGAACCUAACUAUCCGGAAACGAGGGAUAUUCUCAUCGAACGAGCAGGAAGGACGGCACGCCUUCUUUCAGAGAAAUUUUCUGGAGCAAUUUUGCUUGUGGGCCACGGCAUAUCAUGUGAAUUUACCGUUCGCGGAAUCACACAAGCUGGGCCGAUCCCGUACAUCUCAUACUGUUCACUUCAGACAUGCAAGCGCAAGGAAACAGAAACUGCUAGCUACUACAUUGACGGGUCAUGUGAGCCUGACAUCAGCUUCAUGGAGGGCGAUAUCAAACCGCUCAUCAAACGUAGAAGCUACAAAUGAAGGGCUUUCCAGUGCGGAAGGCAACCAUAACAUUUUGAGUUUUUCUCAGAGUCGAGGCGUGUACAGACAGGGGGAAGAUGAGUUCCAUCCGACCGCCCUACUUGCUUGUUUUGUAACCAACGCUUCCGGGUUCUGAGCUAGUGCUCGAACGUGUUGCGUUUUUAUCGAAUGGCUACUGUUGUAGACGUUUUAAGUCAGGAGGAACUAUAUGCGUAUGUCUUGUACCGUAUUUUGAUAGUGGAAGAGUAAACGAGCAACGCCUGAGUUAUUCAUUGCA